AUGACAUUUUCAGAUGCUCUCUUGCAACUGGAUGUUCCUCAACUUUGGUCAGCUUUGUUUUUCUUCAUGUUGAUUUUGCUUGGUAUUGACAGUGAAUUUGGGACACUUGAAGCAUUAACUGGACCAAUUAUGGAUCUUGGAUUAUUUCCAAAGACAUGGCGUAGAGAAUUAUGUGCAGGUUGGUGGGUUGAUCAAAUUGCUUUUUCAGUUUAAUACAGGGCUGGAAGGGCGAAAGUCUGGAGGAAGAGGCAGCCAUACAUGGUUCAGUUAUUCCUUGCAAUCUUUAAAGAUAUGAUCCAGACUGUGUGGGACGGAAAGUGCCCGCGCCAACUUUAAAUGGUUAUAACUUUUGAACAUAUAAAUUUAUAUGCACGAAACUUCACGACUUUUCCUAACAUUUGUCUGGGACUACAAUAGUGUAGUGAUUGGGUCACUUACCUAACCCAUGUCCCCACGGUAACCAAGUUUAUGAUGACGUGUCAAGUCAUAUUUUUGUAAGUCAUUUUCUAAACAACCGUUAUUUUAGUAUUUUAUCUACUUUUUUGGGCCUAAAGCAUACUUUUGUAAGCUACCUAACAUUUGAGUUAGUUUUAGACCAUUUAUUACGUGAUCAAACCAAAAAUUCAAGAUGGCGGAACUAUGACGUCACUAGAUGACGUAAUCUAGUAAGACAUCCAGGCGUUUAGCUUUAAAAGUAAAGAACAUGCACAGAAUACUUCAAAUAAUAUAUAUAUAUAUAUAAUAGCAAAAUGUUUUCUACAAAAUUUCGUCUUUAUACUUAUUUUAACUAUAGUUGUUCCGCUUCGAUAUCAAAAUUGAUUAAAAAUUGGCAAAGCAAUCGUUUUGGCAAUAUACGUAACAAAUAUUUCUUGAUAUUAUAGAAAUCCGAGAAUUUGGCUAAUAAUGAGUACGUCAUAAUGACGUCGCCACGUGUAGCCAUAGUACCAGAAGUUGUAGUUCAACUUGUACUUUCACAAGCAUCAUUCUCUGAAAGUUUCAUUGCGAUACCUUAUAUAGGUUUUGAGAUCUGCCCCCAGUCCUGGAUAGGGUUAACUGAUUAUUAACAUUUGACCGUAUUAUGACUGCAGUUGACAGCGUCCAUUAGAGUUCAUUAAACCCUCUUAAUUCAAAGGUGUUUCUAAGCUAGCUUUUUAGUGCGAAGGAAAGGGAAUUACUGUUGAAAUUUGGUUCAGUGAUUCAUUGGGACCUAUUAGAGAAUCCAGGAUAUCCAUAUGCAUGUUAUAUUUCAAAAUAUUUAUGACAAAAAGGAAUUUAUUUUACGAUACGUACGAAAUAUAUGAGUGCUAGAAAUAUUGAUGAGCGUUACGGUGAAAUUCACCGGAAGAGAUCAAUUGGAGUCAGAGACUGACUUAAUAAAUUAACCGCAUUAGUACUCGUAUUUGUGUCUGAUAAACUACCUGACAAAAGUAUCUUAACUAAUAAUAGUAGACAUACGUACAACACCUUGGAACUGAUAUCGUGGUGUUUGAACUCAGGUAAAGUUAUUGAACUAGAUCAUGAUGGUACUUUGAGUUGGUCCACACCGGAAAAAUAACUUGACUGACUGUGAUGUGAAUCGAACCCUCGACCUUUGGCUUGCUACUCUAAUGUUCUACCAACUAAGCUACAACGUCAAGUCGAUUCGAGUAGGUCAGAUAGUUCGGUAGCUGACCAUAAUCAUUAGACUUAAGAUCUUAAGACAUAUACUGUAUGACAUCGAAGGAACUAGACUGAGUUCCGAAAUAUAAGAUAAGAUAAGAUGAUGUUUAAUAGCACAAUUUCGCACAUAAAGUGAAGUACAAAGUGCUUACAUUAAAAUACUAUAAUAAUAUAAGAUUAUUUACAAUGGUUGUUAGGACAAAGUUACAAUCAAGUCUCACCAGUCACUGUUUACUAUUAGCAAUAUUAAUUGUAUUUGGGAAAAAGCUAUUUUUAAACCGAUCAGUUCGACAUUUAUAAGUUGAUAAAUUAUUUAAUGAUCUAAUAAAAUAAUUAUGUUCGUUCGAUCUAGUCUGGGUCACGUGUUGUGUAAGCGGACCACCUCUGGUUAUCUUCGUGAGUGUCUUCAAACGUAGCUCUAGUCUCCAAUUUGGUGAUACCAGCCGACAGCAACGCAUCUUAAUAAGUUUGUUCAAGGUAUACAAUACGCAAGGCUCGCUUUUGGAUUUUUUCAAGUUUGUCAGAUAAAUAGCAUGAGAUAGAGUUGUGCCAAACUUCACAAGAGUAUUCAAGGAUUGAGCGUAUUAACGCAAUAUACACAGUGAGAAGGUCUGCAGGAGGAAUACCACUUCGGCGCAACACCCGGAGGAUAUGCAAUCGUUUGGAUGCCUUCGAGACUAUUUCAUGGAUAUGUUCAUCCCAUUUCAGGUUGCUUUGGAUCGUAAGUCCCAGUACUUUAUGUGAACGCACUGUCUCAAUUGGGUGUCCAUCGAUUAACAGAGGCAUUAAUUGGGGGGUUUCUCCAAGGAAACUAACACGAAGCUCUAUGUAUUGGUAUUAAGUCUCAUCCAAUUAUCGGAAGCCCACAACUGAACUGAAUUAAGGGUUGAUUGAGUGAUAGAGGUGCAAUUUCUGCUAAGACUCUCAGUGGUUGAAACGUCGUCUACGUAUUUCCACAUUCUAGUGUCGGGAGAAGUGAUUCGCAGGUUAUUGACCAUUACUAGGAACAAGAUUGGACCUAGUUUUGUCCCCUGAGGAACACCUGCAUUCACUGGAAGCCAGUCACAGGUUGCUCCGUCAAAUUUAACACGCUGCCUUCGAUUUGAGAGGAAGUUGAUGAUCCAAGGGAUUAAUGAGCGUCUAGUACCCAAAUUUAUCAGAUUCUCAAUUAAUAGAUUAUAACCUAUGCGGUCGAAGGCUUUGGAGAAGUUCAGGAAACAAAUACGCAGAUGAUUACCGAGUCCGUCAAGAUGGGAAAGCCAAGAAUGUAACAUAUCCAGAAGGCAAAAAGUGGUGGAUGUCCCUUUCAUGCAACCAAAUUGGCUGGGGUAGAUUUUUUCUUUUACAUCCUCAAUCAGCCAAGAUACUACGAAAUCCUCUAAAACUUUAGGCAAGCAUGAUGUUAGUGAUAUAGGCCUAGUGUCGGCUUCAGCAAUCGGUUUACAUGUUUUAGGGAUUGGGACUAUGUUCGAUUCCUUCCAACUACUCGGCACAACUCCUGAAGCAAGGGAUGUAUUAAAAAUAAUGGUGAUCGGCUCAGCUAGCACGUGAGCAUACUCCUUUAAAAUUCGAGGUGAAAUAUUGUCAGGUCCGGGGGCUUUGAAAGAAUGGACAGUUUGGAGUUUCUUACAGAUUUGGUAACAUUCAACUGCAGGUACGUUUUCAUUUGAUGGUAAAAACGGUGGUAAUAAGUUCACAUCUAAUGGCGGAAUAUCGGCGUUAACGGAAGUAUAGAAUUCGUUAAGGGCAUUGGAAGCUUGUAAAUUGUUUAGGAUUUCACCAUCGCGUUCUAAGGUGAAAGGCUUUGUUGUUUCGGGUUUGCCAGACAUUUUGUUAAUGAUUUUCCACCACUUACGACUAUCACUGUUUCUUAAAUGCUGAACUUUGUUUUUAUAAAAUGAUUUCUUUCUUUGCUUAAUCUCCUCUUGGACUUUAUAUCUUACAGAUUUCCAUAGGGGGAUAUUAUGGUUAUAGAAUGCUUUCUGUCGGUCUUUAAUCAGUUUUUUAAUACUUGGGAUUAUCCAAGGUUUAUCGGUUUGAUGCCACUUCACAGUUACAGGAGGGAAUAUACGAUUGAUGGCUUCUGUAAGGUGCGAUGAGAAUGAUGAUGUUAAAUCGUCUACCGUUUGAUUAGUUCCUAACUCGCCAAACCAGACAUGUGUAGCGAUCCAUCUCCCCAAAGCUUCAACCCCAGACCUUGGAUAGCGCCGGAUGCGACGUUUGACAGAUUUCGUACGUUCUUGAGAAUUGGUAUUCUCUAGACUGGGUGACCAUGUUACAUUAUUAUACACUCACGCGCACUUAACCAAUCAGUAAUCGUUGAGAGGGUCACGUGCCGAUCCAAUAUUUUACGAUAUUGGACAGGAACCUAUUGGACACUUGCGAAUUGUGGCUUUUUUCAUGGUUUUUCAACCCUUUUCAGAUGUUUUGUCAAUUUCAAACAUACGACAAACGAUAUGGCAGAAUAAUGAAAAGAAUUUGGGACAUUAAUACAGUUUUUUCCACCAGUUUGUUUAAAAUUAUAAAAGCGCGGGAAAACUUGUCUUCGCGAAAUUUAUUUGUUUGCAACAGCCUAGAAGUUCGUAAUAUUAUUUUUUUCGUUAAAAUUAGGUCAAAUUUCCUUUCAACCUACAUGGAAUUGAGUUUAUUUAUGCACACAUAUUUGUAAAAACAGGUUUAUUAACUUUUUUGUUUAGUUAUUUAAGCAAAUUCGCUGCCGAUAUAUGUAGUAUAAUAAAUGUAGUCGCUUUAUUAGUCUCGCUGUAUUUACUUUAUCGCUUAUUGACAAUUUUUGUUAUAGAAUUGUUUUGUUCGAUAUAAUAAAACUCCUAUUGGAUUCAUCUUCGCCCAAUAUGGCAAAAUAUUAAGUCUCGACUUCAAUAUUAGGCUCGACCUUCGGUCUCGCCCAAUAUUGAAGUCUCGACUUAAUAUUUUGCCAUAUUGGGCUCAGAAGAAUCCAAUAAGAUAUAAUAUUAUGGUUUGAGGACCCUAAGGGCGCUAAAACUUGGGGAGGUUCAUACAGGUUUGGUUGGUUCGUAAUUAUCAGAUCCAAAAUGGCUGUUCCUCUUGUAGGGACUUUGACAACUUGCUUCAGGUUAUGACUUGAUAAUAUAUUCGAUAUAUCGAAAUCGUUAAAAUCACCAAGAAGGACUAGACCACAGUUGGUAUUCAUUAAGUUGGCGGUGGUUUUCUACAGGUAAACCAGGGGGAUGAUAGACUAUGCACACUGCAAUACCAGAGAGCGGUCUGGGAAGGCGGGUAGGGCGAAGCCACAGCCACAGACAUUCUAAAUUUUCAUGUUCCAGGUCCAACCUACGUUUGGCAUAGGUGCCCUGUGGUAGAUAAACACAAAUUCCUCCUCCACCAUAUCGCCUAUUAAAAGCGACUUGACCUCGUACCUCAGUUGCUACAGCAUUGAAUAGCAAACUAAAAAACUAAAAAAUACAAAAUGAAAUACAAAAAGAACUUCGACGUUUCCAGUCUGCGAACCCAGACGUAAUUUCCCACGCUCAUUCUUCGCUCGGAAGGUAACGUUUGCGGACUCGAGCGAGAAUCCCGCGACGUAACGUCUUUUUGGCCAAUUAAAUCAUAUGUUACAACGAGACCAUGCACGCGUUAAUGUGCGAGCGCAUGUAUAGCGUGUGUAGGACCACCCAGACGAAGGAACGAAAUUCACAUACCUGCAUGAUAUAUAUAACUUUGACUUUCCUGGACGUACCCGCGUAAGAAUGCAAUUAUACUACGGAUCAUGAAGUUGGUUUGAAGUUUGUGAAAUAAUUCUUCCAUGUCUGUAAUAUAUCAUAAUAGUGGACAUAUACAUAACCAAAAAAGAAUUGGAUUAGUACAACUUUAUCAUUAAAAUUAUAUAUUAAUCUUAUAAAACUGGUCCACUUCUACUAGGAAUCAUUGUUUUUGUGCUCCUGCUUAUUGGGCUCUGUAUGGUUGCUGGAAACGGUUUUUACGUUUUUCAAAUAUUUGAUGAUAACUGCGCAACAAUCCCCCUCCUGGUGAUAGCGUUUUUCGAGUGUAUUGGCGUCGCCUGGAUUUAUGGAAAUAACAAGUAAGUGUUUGCAAUACUUACUGCAUAAUCAUAUGACGUCAUCAAAUGUGACCCGAGUGAUUGACGAAUGAUUUAUACAGGGUGUAUAAAAAAAACCUGAACAGAUUUGAAACAUGCUCUCAAUUCGCAAAACAGCCAUUAGUAUCCAGUUUUUGAUGUAUAUAGCUUCUUUGGGUACUUAUAAGGCAGAAUAAUGAAAAAAAAUUCUCGAACUCAAAUUUUGUGAACCAGGGGAUGUGUUGUUUCCAACAAGCUAAAAAUGGCUUGCGCACGAAAUUUAAAAGCUUUAAUCGUAUUUUGAGUUAAUGGAUGAAAAUUUGUUGGGUUUUUUUUAAAUUACUGUACAAAAUUUCAGACAAUUUGCUUUAGUUUAAGCCCUUUAACUAUCCAUUUUUUCCUAAAAAUCAGCCUUUCGCAUGCUUAAUUAAUGGAUUUACCUAAUUUGCAUAUUGGUAACCUAUGCAAAUUAGGCAAAGGCAUUAAUUAAACAUGCAAAAAGCUGAUUUUUUUAGGAAAAAAUGUAAGUUUGCGUGAAUAGUUAAAGGGCUUAAACUGUCUGAAAUUUCGUGCCACAACGAAAAUACGAUUAAAGCUUUUAAAUCUCGUGCGCCAAGCCAUUUUUAUUUUGUUGGAAAAGACACACCCCCUGGUUUACAAAAUUUCAGUUCGAGAAAUUUUUUUCAUCAUUCUACAUUAUAAGUACCGAAAGAAGCUAUAUAUAAAAAACUGGAUACUAAUAGCUGUUUUGCGAAAUUGAGAGCAAUUUCAAAUCUGUUCAGUUUUUUUAUACACCCUGUAUAUAGCUGUUAAACAGAUAACGGCAAAAUAUUAUCUUUGCUUUAUAUAAUAAACCAAGUUGACAAAUAAUUUUAAGAAGUAAGGCAAAGGCCUGUGACCUUUCUUCAGCAGAUUACCAAGGAGGAGGGCUAAAUUACUUAAAAUAGUCGCACUAGGUUUCAGUGCUUUAUACAGUGUACUCUACCAAUAGUUCAGAACACUGAAUUCUCCUUUGACGAAAAAAUGACACAAGUUUCCCUUUUAAGGUGGCUCGAUACACUUUUCAAAAAUGCAGGUAUUCAACACUUUGACAUGUUCGAACUACGUAUUUUUAGGAUUUAUUCAGCAGAUAUUGAGGCCCGUUUUUAUAUAUUUUGAUAUCUCUACUUUCAAGUCAUAUUAGUUUUAGUAACAGAUAGUUCGAUGCUAUGACGACAUACCUGUACGAAAUUCACUACAAGAUGCCUAUCGUCUCGUAUAGUUGGAAAAGAAGCAUGGUGACCCACAUUUUUUUUCGUGCAUUAUUUUAAAUAUAAAAGAAUUCUGUAAUGCCAUUUUUUUGGAAAAUGCGAAAAUGUCGUAUUCUGCGGUAAAAUGUUUUUGGCAUUACAGAAUUUUUUUAUUUUUUGUAUAAUGAAAAAGUUUUUAGCGGUGUAAUACAGGAUGCAAAAUUUGAACAUAGAUCACCAGACAAAAUAGAGAGUAUAGUGCAUUAGUAUUUUUCACAAGUGAACAUAAAUCCUACACGUUGAUUGGUCAAAUUUGACGUAUUAAGCCGUUAUAUUCACCUACAGGUGAAAAUAACAAAACCGAAAUUUUCAAAAUAGCGGCUACCGGUUUUGUGGAAGUUACUGAUAAAGAAGUAAGCGAAAUUAAAAAAAAUCAGUCUCAAAAAAACACAAAAGGCUUGUGUAAAAAUACUAAAACAAUUAUUCGCCUCAGGCUCGGUGAUUAUCGGGAAUAUUCACCUUGACUUCGUCUCGGCGAAUAUUCCCCGAUAAUCACCUCGCCUUCGGCGAAUAAUUGUUAAUUGUUUUUCCAAAAUGGAAAAUUAUAAUGACGUCAGCAAUUGACAUAAAACGCUAUAGAACACGCGCAAUGACGUGAGAUGGCGCGAGCAACUGCUCACGUCAGGUCAUUUUGGAAGUUCUUUCAUUUCGUUAAUCAGUUUCCGCGACCUGCGCGUAAAAAUGGUCACCCGGUUUUGUUCGCGAUUCUUGAGCAGGAUUUUAUAACUAUAUCGAGCCACCUUAAACCUGUUUUCAAGGUAAUUAGUUCCACCCUAGUGUUCAGGAAACAAAUAAAUUAGCUUCAUUUCAUCCUUAAAUUAACUGAUGUAUAUUUUGUUCCAUUAGAUUUGCUGAUGAUAUCGAAGAUAUGACAGGAAAACGACCAUGGAUUGGAUGGAUGAUUUGUUGGAAAUAUAUUUCACCUCUGGCAUUGUUUAUUGUACUCGUUGCGACUUUUGUUGACUUAUCUAAAACGAGUGCAGCGUAUGGUGUGUUUGUUGGUUGCGCACAG